GAUCAUUUGACUGGCUUUUGGUUGCCACUGUGGUCAGUCACAAUGUGUAAUGGGAGGCUGAGGGUGUUUAAAAAGUACCAGUUAAGAUAUCUCUUCCUGUUAACCGACAGGGCUGCAAUGCUAAGUAAGGACUCUGAGACCCCCAGUUCAGAGCAAGCCAGAAAACUCUUGGCUCCAGCCACAUGUGGAACGAAUGAAUGAGGAAAUGGCAAAGGACCGGGAGCCGUUAAUGAACAACGGCGGGGACCCCUGCGCGCGCCUGCAGCUUUCCAAGCACGGAGAGGUACCCCAGCAACAUCCCGGCUAAGGAGCGUUCGGAAAUAAUCUAUCUUGCACACACGUGAAAAUAAACCACCGCCUGGAUGCGUUUGCCUGAGUUUGCAGAUUUAUACAGCAUCUGUCGUAGCGUGGAGCUCCCCGGAAAGGACUUGAUAGCGCUUCGAGAGCGCAUUUCGUUAGCUUAGGUGAACUCUGACGAUAUACCCUGACAAACAGAACAUCUGCGGAUUUUUACGUGUCAUUUUUGUGACAUGCUCGAUGGGGACAGUAUCGGUGAUGGACUCAGGAACUCCUCCCCUCUGUGAGCUCUGCUAGCCAUCGCCCGUCCUUGCCCUGCGGCGCUCCGAGAGAUUACCCUCCCGUAGAGGAAAUGGGCGAUCAUCAUCAGGUCAAGACUUCCUUCCUCUUCAUCCAACUGCAGUCACCCUCCAAGGCCUGUGGGCCGCCACACCCUGCAGACACUGCCCGCUCAGACACCGGAGAGGAAGGACUCUCUCCCAGCCCAGCAAGUGAUGCUGAGUCUCUCCACCAUGGCAACCCCACAAAGAGUUCGCCUUUAAAUGAGCCCAGACUUCACACGGGCACCGUCAACGACUGGAGCAGAGAGGGUACCCCGGAGUCUGGCUUUCGCCCCUCUGCAACUCCCACUGGGGGGGAUGCCGCACCGGUCGCAGGAGACCCUCAGAAUCAGGAGAGCUCUCAUUUGAACGCAGAGAGAUCGGACGUUGGCUCUGAAGACGUGGGGAACCCCCUCCUUGAGACACCCGUUUGGAUUCUGCGCCAAGACACCCCAGAAUCCAUGAGCGGGGAGACAGGGCCCCUGGCAGCUGAGAUGGGGGUCACCUCCCCAGCAGCUCCCUCCCAACCCGGCACCCGGGGGAGAGCGAGCUUCCUUCACCCAGCCGGGGAAUCCGAAGCGUCCCACAACACUCCCAGCUCUGGAUUAGAGAAGGAAGCCGCUGGCAGCCCCUCGCAGUGCGUUUACUCAGCCCCUGCUGUCAGUGUGGGGUGCCCCCCUGCCCAUGGCACUGGGGUAGAUACUGCGCAGAGCAGCGAGGAGAGCAGCAAGCAGAGCAGUGCGAAAGCACCAGCCGUCUGCAGGAGCGCAGAGAGCAAAACCUUUCACUCGGCCGUCAUAGAGAGAUCCGCAAAGAUACCAGGAGACCUUCACAAAACGAAAGUGGUCAUGAGCUCCAGCAUGUCAUCACCCGGCCCUCAGAGCUCUGUUGCAGCCGAAUCUGCUGCUAAACCUUCUGCCACGGAUUCAGCAGAGCCUUUGCCCAUCGCCACGGACGGUCCCUCGCCCCACCUUGCCCCUUCGGCAGCUCAGAAGGUGGAGCCGUUCGUUUGGGUGAACAGCACUUCCCCGCACGCUCAGAGCGUGGCCAAGGCCAAGUACGAGUUCCUGUUUGGGAAGGCCGAGGGGGCGGGCCUCGCAGACGGCGAAAACUCCCACAUCCUCCCACAAGGGGGCAGCAGAGUGAGCCCAGAUCCCUCUCUCCAGGCUGGAGCAGCUGAUGGUGUUGGAGAGGAUGACUUUGAUGAGACUUCGCUCUUUCUAGAGAUCGACAGGGAGCUGGCACACCUGCUGAGAGGCCUGGGCGGAGGGGGUCAGGAUGCCCCUGCGGGCCUGGAGCCCGAGGACACGCACCAUCCCACCCAGGCGGUCGUUUCGGCAGCCAUGAUCCCCUGUAACGGGCAGGGCGGGGCCCAGGCGGACCCCGAGACUUCCAAACUGGAAAAGGCUGGAGAUUCGCUGCUCGCCUCCGGCCUGGUUCUGGAGCCGUGGGCCGAGGCCCUGGUGCACAAUUCGGUUUCGCUGAGCUCAGGGGCUGAGGCCGAGGCGCACACCGCCGCUGGAGUGAAUGGAGACGCCCGGAAUGUUCCCUCUGGCCAGGAAAAACCGACGGAAAAACCGACGGACAUCCCGGCUGCGGCUGCGCUAACGCGCGGGCCAGAGACGGGCGGGGUGGAGGUGGCCGCCUUGGCCUUCGGCGCAGACGCAGUGGCGCUCAUGGACCAGCCUCUAGAGGAGUCCAGCAAAAUCCUGGCGGAAAUCCCCGGGAUCUUCGCCGCCUUCCUCGACGGGGGUCAGGCCAAGGAAAAGCCCCCCAAGAAAAUCCGUUUUGCAGAAAACCAUGUGGAGAGUGCACAGGAUCCUGGGAAUGCAGGACUGGACGCUCCUGGUACAGACGUACAGGCGGAAGGGCGUGGGGACGGGGAGGGGGAGGGGGACACUAAAGUGGAGACAUCCCCAGAGAGUUUAGAGGCUCUGGAGAGCACCCCAAAGAGCAUAAACUCUGACCCCUCCCCUCUGCCCCAGCCGGGCCCCGUGGAGGAUGAGGUGUUCCGGAUCAUUCCAGAGGUGUGUGUGGAGAGCCCAGAGAGCGAGACCACACCUGAACUGGACUGCAGGAGCGUGGAGGCCCGGGGGAACAGCGAGGGGGACGGCCGGGCGGGGCUGGACAGCGAGGAGGCGACGGACGUGUUCAGCUCGCAGUUCGAGAGCAUCCUGGAGUCGGAGCGGCUCCGCGGCACGCUGUACAGCAGCCUGGACUCGCUGGACGCCCUCUCCUCCGCCGACGAGUCGGACGGCUGCUUCAGCUUCGACAUGCCCCUCACCCCCAUGAUCCAGCAGCGGCUCAAGGAGAGCUGUCACUUCCUGGAGGGCGGGGCCGAGGCGGGCCGGCAGGAAGUGCUGAGCGUGACGGCCACGGGGAAGAGCGGCAAGGCCGCCCUGGAGGUGACCUCCUCGUACCUGGACACGCCCGACGGGAGCCCCUCCGGGAGCGGCGCCAGCGGGCGGCCCGAGCCGGCUGCAGAUAAACAUUCCGCCAGACCUCUGGCCAAUGGGCUGCUGGAGAACGCCGGCAUGGACCCUCAGGAUUGGCUGCAGGGCUGUCUGAGUGAUGCGGGGCUGAAGGAGGUGCUGUCGGACUGGGACUCGGACAUGGGCAGCACGGAGAGGCUGAAGGACAGCACCGACGCCAUCCACAACGGCAGCAAGAGCGACCACGAGGCCGCCCGCCGCCUCGCCCGCCGCCUCUACCACCUGGAGGGCUUCCGCCGCUCCGAUGUGGCCAAGCACCUGGGCAAGAACAACGAGUUCAGCAAGAUGGUUGCCGAAGAGUACCUCACCUUCUUUGAAUUUACAGGGAUGACAUUGGACCAAUCUCUCAGAUGCUUCUUGAAAGCUUUUGCACUAAUGGGCGAAACCCAGGAGAGAGAGCGGGUUUUGAUCCACUACUCCAAUAGGUACUAUCAGUGUAACCCCACCACAAUCUCCUCACAAGAUGGAGUUCAUUGCCUUACCUGUGCUCUGAUGCUAUUGAACACUGAUCUUCAUGGCCAUGUGAAUAUUGGAAAGAAGAUGACGUGCCAGGAAUUCAUCAAUAACCUGGACGGGCUGAACGAAGGACAAGAUUUCCCCCGGGACCUUCUGAAGGCCUUGUACAAUUCCAUUAAAAAUGAGAAGCUGGAGUGGGCAAUCGAUGGAGAGGAGCUGCAGAAAUCCCUGUCUGAGCUCGCGGACAACAAGACGGAAAACGCGCACACAAAGGGCAUCAGCAGGAUCGGCAGCGGCAGCAACCCCUUCCUGGACAUCUCCCACGACCCCAACGCCGCCGUCUACAAGGGCGGCUUCCUCGCCCGCAAAAUACACGCCGACAUGGACGGCAAGAAAACACCAAGAGGAAAGAGAGGAUGGAAAACCUUUUAUGCUGUUCUCAAAGGAAUGAUCCUCUACCUGCAGAAGGAUGAGUACAAGCCGGAGAAGGCCCUGUCAGAGGAGGACCUGAGGAACGCCAUCAGCGUGCACCACGCGCUGGCCAUCAGGGCCGUGGACUACGAGAAGAAGCCCAACGUGCUCAAGCUGAAGACGGCCGACUGGAGGGUGUUCCUCUUCCAGGCCCAGAGCCCGGAGGAAAUGGACUCCUGGAUCAGGAAGAUCAACUCGGUGGCGGCCAUGUUCUCCGCGCCUUCGUUCCCGGCCGCCAUCGGCUCCCAGAAGAAGUUCAGCCGCCCCCUUCUGCCUGCGACCACCACGAGAAUGUCACAGGAGGAGCAGCUGAAGUCCCACGAGGCCAAGCUGAAGCACGUCUCCACGGAGCUGGCCGAGCACAGGUCCUACCCUCCCGACAAGAAGGUCAAGGCCAAGGAGAUCGAUGAGUACAGACUCAAAGAGCACUACCUGGAGUUUGAGGAGAACCGCUACGAGAUGUACGUGAAGCUCCUGAAGGAGGGGGUCAAGGAGCUGCUCUCCGGCAAAGACGGGGACGGGCUGAAGAAGUCUCAGUCCAGCCCCUCGCUCAACCAGGAGAGCCAGCCGGCCGCGGCCAAGGUCAAGCGCAACACCUCCGAGAGGAAGGACUACCGGCCCGAGACUCCCAAGGUCACAUAGGAAGCUUCCGCUCUGCCCCGGGAGAGAGAGGGCCGCCCCCGCGCAGUGUGUGAAUAUGUUCCGUGUAAUUAAUUUAUCUGCCCACUGUCGCAACGGAAGCAGUUGUGUAAACUGUAAAUGAUGGGGGAAAAAAAAUUGUCCUUCCUAGACUGACUGGUGCUUGCUGUAAGCAUUUUGAUUUUUUUUAUUUUAAUUUUUUGUUUCUGUUUUUGUAAGGCACACCAUCUUACGUAUCCGUGGUCCUUUCAUUUGGAUGUUGUUGACGUUGCCGUUGCUGUCGUUAUUGUAUAAAGCGUAAGAUUUUGUUGUGAGGCGUUUGACUCCAUGUCACUUUACUCAAUCUCUCCAUACUGUAAGAGCCGUUUCACAACAAAGAUUUCUUUGCCUUUCGGUCAAGGGGGGUGAAAAAUAUAUUUUCUUCUCUCCUGUUCAGUGGCAGAUCCCUGACCAAUCUCUGUACAUGUAAAUAUUGAAUAGAGAUAUAGAAAUAGUCUCAUUUGGAAUUUAACCUGUUAUUUUAAUAUGUAGUUUUAAGUGUAUGUUGGUGACAUUUAAACAGUCACAUAUUUUGAUGGUAAUAUUUAUGUGGACAAAUAUGGCUUUCAGCGAGAACAGGCAGGUGCUUUUGAAGCCUUCAGUUUUCCCCUGCUUCUCUACAUAGAACUCCUAGCCACUCAUCCAAAAGUUUGUCUCUGCUUGGAAAAGUUUUCUCCUCGUUAUCCUGAUGAUGCAUCUAGGUGUAAAUAAGGGGAGGCGAUGCAUCAUUUAGUUGAAGGUUUUAAUGCUUUUAAAGAUGUUAGAACUUCCUUGCUUUGCUCCUGAACCAACAGACAUUUAGGACACCCAAAUUAUAAGCUUGACAUAACCAUUUAUUAAACUGUACCAGUAUGUUACGUUAGAUGAGAUCUGUACUGAGACUAAGUAUAAGUUUCUAUAUCAGUAAGGGAUACUUUCAAGUAUCUGUUCAGUGUAAUCCAGUGCGUUGAGUUCAGUUACACCUACAGUGCUGUGAAGAUUCAGACUGCAGUACGACUUUGAUGUGAAAAUCUAGGAAACACAGUCUCGGUAGCUGAGCCAUUUAUUUUGUCUUCAUUAAGGCGAAGGAUAUAUUUAAGCUUUUUGAGUAGUGUACAUGCCAAUGCUCCUUUUUUGUGUCUUUUAUAAUCUUCAUGUAUUUGAAUUUUGAAUUCUAAUUUGAUAACUGUAUUGUUGUAAAGAUCGAAUUAGUAUUUAUAGUGCACUUUAUAAAUGAGUUCUUUUGAAUAUUUCAGAGAGCUUUAUAAGGGGUAGACUUAUGAGUUUCUUUACUGACUUCACAGGUUUUGAAGGCUGAACUAAACGUACGUUAGUUUUAUUGAAGGUACCGAGCUGAAUGUACGGUUCUCUCAGCUCAGCUCGUAAUGUUGUCCUAGUUUGUUUUCAGUGGUUCGAUAGUUUUUUGCUGUUAUAGUUUGAUCGUUUAAUGACGAGGUUUCCUUUGAGGAAACUAUUUUCUUUGCUGUAACAUUUAAAGUUGCAAUUAUUGCCUUUCCUAAUGCUGAAUUAUUGAAUCUGUAAUGUCUCUCACAGAUGUUCAUCGCAGAUAGUAUCGACAUUGGAAAAAGACUGCGUUUCAUUGGACAAUAAAUUCCCACUCCGCACUUCUUUAAAAAUCUUUUCCUUUGACUUUUUUUUCCAAUUAUUUCCAAAAUACUAUAACAAAUGUAUAAAUACAGUAACUACAGAGUACAGAGCCUACUAUACACAUUAUUACUACAGCUGACCACAGUGUUGCCCCAUUUUUCUUUUCUUCACCUACCAGUGUUUAGUUUGCGAUACUUCUUAAAUACACAAGGUUUGCACUGCAAGUUUUAUUAUUUUUUAAAAUGAUGUUGAAGAAUGUGGUAUUGUGGUAAAAUAUCUGUUGACAUGAACAAGCAAACAGAAAAAAAGAUUGUCCAUAUCAAAAUUGUCAUUUUACUUACUGGAAGUAGGAUGUGAAUACUAUUGUUUUAAACUGUCAUUAUGUUUAACAUUAUUUUUAAUGAUGAAAAAUAGUUCCAAGUUACUUAGCCAUUUAAGGGUAAAGUAUUGCAGAGGAAUAACUGCUUAACCAUUUAAAAUCAAUUGUGUUGCUGUUUUUCCACAACUUAAUGUUUCUGAACUAAAUAUUAAGAUAAGAACACCAAUUAGACUAGCUCGCUCCUUAGCUUUCCCUUUUAAAAAUCUGUGCCUCAAAAUCCCACCCGAUCCAAACAAAUGCAUCUGAAGCAAAAUGACUUCAUCUGUGUAGCAUCAUCAUUUGGAUUUUCUUGGCGAGCACAUUUUCUCAAAGUGCUCUUCCUCCAGUUUUGCUUGCUUCACCCUUAUCUUAUAGGCCACAUAGCUUAAAUUCCUUAGGACUGUUCUUCCUCUUGUGUUAUUUGUACGGGGUACUUUAGGGUAGUUAAUUUUAUGCAGUACAGUACUAGUGGUAAAACCUCCCCUGAUUUGACAGCCGAUAAAUCAUUGCCCUAAUACCCAGAAGCCGGUCCUGUGGUAGUGCGUGGAAGGCGCGUGAGACUGAGAGAUGUGGAUGGAUACUUCUGAGGUCUGCCCAACAAUUCCUUGAACUUGUGAUGCAUCUGAAGCAUUGAACUGACAUCUUUAGCAUUUGUCCUACUGGAACCUCUUAAGAUCUUUUAGAGACAUAUCCCCAGGCAUAAUUUCAGAAUGACAUUUUAUUGCGUUUCCCUCAAUCAGAAAUAAUCAAUCUUGCUCUGUAAUGUACGUUUCAGUAACUCCCACGUAUGAAAUACCUGAUUUCAUGAGCCGAUUUGUGGAACAAAAUUUUGUAGUUGUGCAAUUGUGUUGCAUUGGUACAUUGUAAGGGGUCAUGGUACAGUAUAGUAGUUACCCCAUGUUGAUAGUUUGUUGUUGCUUUAGUGCAUUUUAAUAAGCAGUUUUUUUUUAUCUUUUAGUGGGGCUGGUCAAGGGGGAGAGAUGGCAUUUCUCUGGAUAAAUUGUGUAUGAAAUUCUCUGGUAUUUAUCUAAUAUAGAUACAGCCUAGGUUGUCAAUGAAAUGAAAGGGCUGAUUGCUCGUUUUGGGUGAAAUCUACAAAGCAUAAUCCCUCCUCGUUCAUCAAAUCGAGUACCGCCCUUGGCCUUGAUUACUUUGAAGUUUUAAUGCAAGGUUGUCUGACAAUAGAUGAGGUAGAUUUUACACAGUGUUACUCCCCCCCCCCAACCCCCCCACCCAGCCCACCCUCAGAUUUAACGAGUCUAUUCAGAAGCCUUCUUUGUAUUCUCUGUGCAGGUUACAAUGUGCAGUGUCACACCUGCGAGAACAUCACAUUUAAUCCCCUCCAUAACGCCAGGAGGAGACUCGUGAAUGCCAUGGCCAUUUUGUCUCCAAAUGAAAUCAGUCCCACAAUUCCUUUCACAGGGAUGGGAAGUAAUCUAUACACGCCUGUGCUUUUGAGUGUUCUACAGUAGACAGCAAUGCACCUUAGCCUCCAGAUAGGCUCUGUCUUAACACACGUAUGCAUCGAAAUAUCUCUCCAAGCUGUGAUCUCGUACAAUCCUCUAACUGUGUAAAUGUUGUUAAAUUUAACUGUUGCCCUGUGUUAUUGAAAGAUCCAGGAUUGCAUUGUUGGUUGUCAAGUGAUUUCAUGGGCUCUGGGCGUGUCUUACGCUCUCCCGCCGAAGUUAGUAACACAACGUUGAUGGUAUACAAUCUGUAGGUGGAUUCAGCAAAUAAAAUACUGUAUUUAAUUCAA